AUGAAAAGGUUUCUUGAGGGGACAACCCACGCAGCCCAAUUGCAGUCCGUGGGCCAGGAUGGCGAUGCCGUCGAGGGUGCUCUUGGAGAGCGCGCAAUUGCGCGUCGACCUUGGCGGCGCAGAACCGGAGCCGGGGGGAAACGGGCACUCUGCCCCGGAACAGGCGAGGAUAGUCGGGGAGGGAAAUAUCUCAAGUGGCGAGGGAGAGUUCCCUGGAAGACCUCUCCGGAGUCCAAACGCGGGGUGAGGGGUCCGCCGUCCAUGCAAAGAGUGGCAGAGUGGCGCGCAUCGAAAGGCUGUUAG